UGCACUUUGUUCGUUUAAAGUCUAUCCGAUGACACGAAAGCCAGGACAGAGUAAUAUUUGUUAUAAUGUAUUAGUGUACUGUACGAGUUGUCUGGUGUUUAUUUGGGCGGUACCGGAUCUAAACGAAGAAUUAGCAACCUGACUGAUGCACUGUUUUGAAUUUGCUACGAAGAAGCACUACGGCGAUUAAUUUACACUUGCUCGUUCGUAAUCCUGCAAGCACACCCUGUCCUUUCAGCUUUCUUGACAGUUCAGCAUACACAUGUCGAUGGAGAAGCAGGCUGUGGAGCGAGCCAGGACGGCCUUCCUCACCAGGAGGUCGCGACCCCUGGAGUUCAGAGCUCAGCAGCUGAAGGCUCUUCAGAGGAUGAUCACGGAGAAAGAGCGCGACAUCGCUGCUGCACUUAAACUCGACCUCAACAAGAACGAGUUUCAGACUCCUCUGUACGAGCUGGUGGGUCUGGAGGGUGAGAUCCAGCUGGCUCUGGAGAAGCUCCCGGAGUGGGCAGCCCCUCGCACCGCAGAGAAGACCCUGCUCACCAUAUCGGACGAGGUUUACAUCCAGCCAGAGCCCCUGGGGGUGGUCCUGAUCAUUGGAGCCUGGAACUACCCCUUCGCCCUGGUCAUCCAGCCCCUCAUAGGGGCCAUCGCAGCCGGAAACGCAGCUGUGAUCAAGCCCUCAGAAGUGAGCGAGCAUACAGCCAGGCUGCUAGGGGAGCUGCUCCCUCAGUACAUAGACAAGGACCUGUACCCCGUGGUGAACGGAGGGGUCCCCGAGACCCAGGAGCUCCUGCGGCAGCGCUUCGAUCACGUCUUCUACACGGGGAACUGCGCCGUGGGCAAGCUGGUGAUGGAGGCUGCCUCGCGCCACCUCACCCCCGUCACCCUGGAGCUGGGUGGGAAGAGCCCCUGCUACAUCGACAAGGACUGUGACCUCUCCAUCGUCUGCCGCCGGAUCACAUGGGGGAAGUAUAUGAACUGCGGGCAGACGUGCAUCGCUCCCGACUAUGUUCUGUGUGACCAGAGCAUCCAGAGCAGGGUGGUGGAGGAAAUCAAGAAGGCACUGAAGGAAUUCUAUGGCGAUGAUCUCAAGACGUCUCCGGAUUACGGGCGCAUGAUCAACCAGCGGCACUUCAAGAGAGUGACAGCUCUGCUGGAGGGGGAGACGGUGGCUCUGGGCGGGGAGAGCGACGAGGCUGACUGCUUCAUAGCCCCCACGGUGCUCACGGGAGUGACCGGCUCCUCCAAGGUCAUGCAGGAGGAGAUCUUCGGCCCCGUCCUUCCCCUGGUGAGCGUGGGGAGCGUCGACGAGGCCAUUCGCUUCAUCAACCAGAGAGAGAAGCCCCUGGCUCUGUACGUCUUCUCAUACGACAGCAAGCUGAUAAAGCGGAUGAUUGCUGAGACGUCCAGCGGGGGGGUCACUGCUAACGACGUGCUGCUGCAUUACUCCAUCAGCGCGCUGCCCUUCGGGGGUGUGGGCAACAGCGGGAUGGGCAGCUACCACGGCAAGCACAGCUUUGACCGGCUGAGUCACCUGCGCUCCUGCCUCAUCAAGAGCCUGAACAUGGAGGCGGUCAACAAGGUGCGCUACCCGCCGCACAGCGCCAAGAAGCUCAGCUGGGCGCGAUUCUUUAUCCUCAAGAGGGUGCGGCUGGGCACUCUGGGACGCCUGGCACUGCUUGCCGCGUUCGUUGCCCUGGCAGCCCUCGUGGCACAGAGGUUUCUGUGACAAGGAUAGAGUCUGCCUCCAGUUUGGAGCAUCAGAAAGGCAGAUGAGAGGUCCCAGUUCAGCCUGGACCAGUGCUGCUGAGCUGCAUGAAAACCAGCAAUAUGAUUAACACACUUUUCUUUUGCACACAAAUUAUGUGUGUAGAUUUGCUGGCAAAAACUAACAAACCAAACAAAUCAUAAAUAAUUCUGUAUCCAAUAGAUAUAUUUUAUUCUCCAAAUUCCUGAUUUUCAAGGGGACCAGAUUUGUUGUUUCUGGGGAUGUUCUGAUAGCUGCCUUUAUUUCAGAAUGGUGUUUUAAUUUGCUGAAGCUUUUAAAAUAUAUCAAGGUGGUGUGAACCACAGUGAUACGUUUUACUCCUCACCAUCAUUUAAAAAAACAAAAAAAAGACAAAUUAGUGACUUGAAAAAACAGUUUAAGAAGGAUCGGUGUAUCGCACGUUGGGUGAUCCUAUCAAAUGAGAAAAUUAGCAGAUUGUUAAAAUGAUAACAGCCACACUGCUGGUUGACCAUUUUAAAAUAAGCGUGCAAUGUUGUUCUCAUUAAUAACAUACAGUGGUCUCUGCUACCUCUGUGUGGUGGAUAGGAUCAGGAGAACGAAUUACAGGAAAGGAGGUAGGGCAGCACCAACAGCUGGGUGUGGGUUCAGAUUUGAAAGUAAAUGAUCAUUUCCAGAAUUGCUUGAGCUUCAAUGCAUUUGAACUUUUAUACUGUGUGCUGA